AUGCAGCGGCCACGGAUCUGGCGAGCGCAUGCCGUCGCCGCGCCCCUUUUCACGAGUGCGCCGCAGACCUGUCGAGCGCAUGCCGUCGCCGCGUCCCCCAUCACGAGUGCGCCGCGGAUCUGGCGAGCGCACGCCGUCGCCGCGUCCCCCAUCACGAGUGCGCCGCGGAUCUGGCGAGCGCACGCCGUCGCCGCUUCCCCCAUCACGAGUGCGUCGCGGAUCUGGCGAGCGCACACCAUCGCCGCGUCCCCCAUCACGAGUGCGCCGCGGAUCUGGCGAGCGCAUGCCGUCGCCGCGCCCCCCAUCACAAGUGCGCCGGUGAUCUGGCGAGCCCACGCCGUCGCCGCAUCCCGCGUCGCAUUGCUGACGCAAAUCUGGAGAGCGCGAGCUGCUGCUACGCCUCCCGCUACCACGCUCCUCUCCGUUGCGCGGCGGGUUUCGAGCACCACUCGUUCCGUCCCCCUCCACCGCGCUUGUCUCUGCCGCCACGCUCGCCUGCGCGAGAUCUGCUUCUGUUGCUUCUGCAGGCACGUCGCGCUGCUUGCUCACGUCCUCCUUCCGGCCGUCGGCGCCGUUCUCCGCCGCAUCGCCGUGCUCGAACUCCUACGAGGUGUCCGCCGCGUCGCUUUCUUCUACUCCGCCAGCGUUGAGUGUACCACUCACGGAGCUACUGAGGGGACAGGGUCUCACUUCCGCGCUGCUGCUGCUGGCGCGGACCACCACCGGAGCCACUCCUCUCCAUAG